AUGGCCUCGAAUACACACAAGAAAGACACUGUGGAAUCCUCUCUCGUCAUUGAGCUUCAUGGCACCGGAAUCGACUUUUUGAGGUACAACAAUGGAGAAAUUGUGGAUAACGUGGCGGAAACCGGGCUUGCAAAGGCACAGGAGAAAAAGCUAGACAAGACGCCCGUCAAGUUGGAGAAUGAAAGGCUAAAUGGGCUGGACAAGCUGCCAAAUGUCCAAUGGGAAAAUGUCCUAACCAGGGUAGGAAGUGGACUGAAUAACCCAGGCAUAAACAUCUGCUAUAUGAAUGUCAUUAUACAGGUAAUCAGCCAUACACCCUUUUUAUCUUCCGCGCUAAUUCGAUCGGGACACACAAAUGUGUGCCCAAAUUACACAAAACGGAUACUAUGUGUAAUGUGUUUGCUGGAGAACCAUGUGAAGGCCUCAACCUCCUCGAGAAAACCACUCAAUAAUCCCUUCUACCCAAUCGCCCAAAAGGUCAUUUGGCUCAAAUUCAAGUUUGGACAGCAAGACGACGCAUUCAUUUUCCUCAAACACUUUCUAAAUUCCUUGAUAAAGUCUUGUUACUCAAUUACAGCCUCUCCAGUUAUGGACAAUAAUAGAACCAGAAUGGCGAUGGACAAAGAAGCAAACUCUGAAAAGGAAACAAGAGAUAUACUAUCCACAGAAAAAAUAAUGUCUAGUGCGAUUGGGCAUUUAUUUGGAGGAUUCUUCAAAAAUGUCAUUGUUUGCGAAAAAUGCAAACUCAAAUCGGAAAAGGUAGAACCUUUCUUUGAUAUACCGGUUCACGUUAACAAAAGUAACAAACUUAUUGACCUAUUAUCAACAUUUCUGUUGCCAGAAAAAUUAAUUUGCGACAAUAAAUACUUUUGUAAAAUAUGCAAAUCACAUCAAAAUGCUGAUAAAUCACUCUCAAUAUACAAAUCGCCGCGCAUUUUAAAUAUCAACUUAAAGAGGUUUAAUGUAAGUUCUCAUGGUUUGGAAAAAUCAACAAAGGCUAUCGAAUUUCCGCAAUCCCUCUCACUGUCACUCAAACACGAAGUUGACCGUGAAAUUCGACUAAAAUAUCAGUUGUACGCCAUUGUCUGUCAUAUUGGUAAAUCCUUGCGAAUGGGUCAUUACAUAACAUAUAUUAAGGGACAUCAUGGGUUCUGGUACUGUUUUGAUGAUUCAAAUGUACGCUGUGUCUCAGAAUCAAAAGUAUUUUCACAAAAAAAUGAUGUCUACCUUUUAUUUUAUUCUAUUGUCAAUGAGGAUGUUUUAAAUUGUGACACCAAGCUUAACAAGUUUUCUCAAACCAACACCUUUAGCACAGCUAGUGGUGAAAAGGAACAUAUGGCCACACCCGAACAUGUAAAGCAGGAUCAUGUGGUUAAAAAGGGUAAAAGAGAAAAACCAAGUAUUCUUACAGGACACAGAAUGUUUAGUGGGCACCGCUUGGUCACAAUGAUGAUAUUAUCGCAAUUUUUAACCUCUAAAAAAAAAACAGGUGUUGCUCGUCUGCACACCAGAAUGUCACACAAAAAAACAGCUUUAAAGGAACCGCUCAAUAGUCAAAAUUCUGGUAUUACAUCCCUGAGUACUAGUACCACAGAAAGUAAAACAAUUUCAACUGUCAAGGGAGAACAUGAGCGCGUUGCAGGGAAUGCACAAAAACGUCAAGACAAUAAAAAGAGAAUGGCAACUCUGGAACCUCGUCCAGGUCCACUAAUAAUCGACCAAUGCGAUCUAGAGACAUGGUCAGACGCUGAAGAGGCUGAAAAUUACAACCAACUCCUGGAAAAAAUUCAUCCUUCCCUGAAGCAACGUGACCAAGAAGAUAUCGAGUACGACCGUGGCAAGCUCAAAAAGGUCAAGACGAACAAGGAACAUCAAUACGGGGACUUUAAACUUGUAAAGCACAAGUCUGGCGUCGCAGUAGCGACACGGCAAAAGGAUCUCUUUGACAAUGCCACCUACAACCCUAUCAAGAGAAGAAAAAACAACAAAUACAAAAGACCAAGGUAA